CAUCUGGCAGCACUCAAAAUGUCAAAACAUGCUGUCAUUUGAUUUUAUUCAGUCGUCUAUAAAAUUUGUUGUUAUUUGGUCGGAAUAAUUUAGUGCGUGCCAAGUGUAUGAAAAAGUAGAAAAAUUUGUAUGCUGCAGGGCAGCAGCUGGACAAAAUUAAAUUCAUCAAAAAAUUCAUCGGUUCUAAGAAACUCAGCCGCAUACAAUUUAAAGCAGCAAAAAAAAAACAAAGAAUUAAAACGAGUGUAUAACAAUUGUUGAGGAUUGCUCGAGUAUGUUUAUACAACUGACACGCUUCUACAUACAAUACAUAACGGCACUUUUUAUAUUAAUAGAAACUAAUGCCAUCACUUAAACGGUUAUGACAUACAAUAUUUAGCUUUAUUGAAUUUUCAAUACAAAUUGCAGCAACCACAAUCAAACUGAUAAGAGCAACUUCCGAGGAGCGCAACAACUACGGUGGCAGGGGUGAGGAAAUUGUGAAAAAUAGGAAAAUAUGCGCUUCAAUAAGACUGGUUUAGCGUUAUUAGCCUCAAAUCCAGCAACAAAAUUUGAGAAGGAAGGACUAUUGAUAAUCACCGAACGUCAAGAAGGAUUUUUUCGUCGCGCAGAUGUUAACUAUCCCCGUUGGUGUAAACUGCGUGGUAAUUUAUUAUUCUACCUAAAGGACCACGAUCCACAAUCACCUCCGACUGGGCUGCUGGUGCUGGAAAAUUGUCGCCCAUUGAUACGAAAUGAGGAGCGAGAAUUUGAUGGUUUUUCCUUCAUUCUAGAAUUCGAAGGCAGUCAACCGCAGCGUAUUUCUACGCGUACAGCCAAAGAGCGUUUGGAGUGGGUAAAGUGUAUACAAUUGGCAUCAUAUGCAUAUUUAGAUCGCCAAAUAAAAUAUUUACAAGAUCAAAUUGCCAAUAAAAUGGGUAAUCGCAUCGAAGGUGGUCUACCACCGGCGAACAUAUCUACUUCGGCCAGUGAUGCCAUGCUUUUGAAUGUAGCGCCUAAUGCUAGAAGUGGUACAUCUUCAACAGCGAACCCGGAAACAACAUUAAAAGUGGAAGAAGAUCUAGCCGAAAUACCGAUUUGUGAAUCUGCCUUAUCAUGUGAUAGUCUGCCGUGCGGUAUUACCGGUCGACCGCCCAAUACCCGUGUCGUCUGCUCUUACCUCUCGCCUGGCGACACAAUGUUAUGGCGUGAUCUUGCGCGUACCGAGGUAAUUGAACGUUCUGCUAAUCCGCAAUAUCUCUGCACCAUACGUUUCAAGCGCAGCGAUGGGUUUACAGCGGACACCUUACUACGCUUCACGGUUUAUGAUGUACGCGAACGCAUGUCUCAUACUGCUGUGCCACUUGCUUACGCGGAGGUGGCUUUAGGUGUCAUACAAGAUGCUACUCGCUUUCGUAUUCCAUUGCGUGCGUUGAAUGGCGAAUGCGGUUUUAUAACGAUUGCCUCAUGGGCACCAGAGACAGAUCGCCAGUCACCGCCACGUUCCACUACACAAGUGUUUGAGGAGCAGACGAAAGGACAUCGUCGCUCGCAAUCUUUACCACCCAAAUUGGGUGUGAAGUUAUUCGUACCUUUUCAAGGACUACUGCAAGUAGUUUUUACAAAUCCUUUGAUUCACACAUAUCGCUUGCACUCGAGCAUGGGUGGUGACAUUAGCGUUCACGAAACAAUGCUUGAAAGCAAAUUUUGCUUUGUUAUACCUCAGCAAUUGCUGUCCAUAUGGAUUUUACGCGAAAAGGAAUUGUUACAAGAAAUCUCAGGAAUGGGCGAAUUAGGUGGUAUAUGGCGCCAACGUCAAAUGGAUUUACUCGAUAAACAUUUAAAAUUGUUGAAAGAUUAUUCACAGGCGAAACAAAAUUUACAGCCACUAAUGAAGGAGGAUGGUCCAUCCUUCAAACGUUCCUCCGUUAAGACUGACGAAUCGCUUGAAUUUAUACCAGUCAAUUUGCAUUUGCAACGAAUGUGGGCACAAAAUGAUACAUUAAAUCGAACCGGUGUUCUAGACAUCAAUACAGUUGGUGCAUUUACCCGCCACGCAGGCAAAGGACGCACUGGCGGACUAAUAAAACUACUACAGGAAACCAAAGAUUCACCUUCAAAAGUGGAACAGGGCAACGCGUGUAAAGUGCAAGCCGCCAAUGAUGCUGUACAAGCAAUUAAACAGCUACGCAAAGAGAUUGUUGAAAUAAUGUCGCAACUACUAUCGCUCGCCAAGUGUAAGAACCCCAAAGGUAUGAUGCCAUUAUGUAAUGAAAUGAUCGCCAAAACCAAAACUCUAUUGAAUAUAUGGGAACCGAGUUUAGUAGAAGAGGCAUUUGCAUUUGUCGAACAACAUCGCAUUAUUGAGGAGCCAGAAAAUAUAUUAAUGCCAAUGUCACCAUUUCGCAAAAUUACUCAACAACUUUGCGCGCUGGAUUUAAAAUCACCCGAACUAGAGGAUUUCGCCACACCUGUUGUUGCACCGCCCGACCUAUGGCCACGCACAAAAACACCGACCGGCUGUGGUGGCCGCCCGCUAUUUCGUUCCAACAGCCUUUGUCUACGCCCUUCUCCUUCAACUAUGGAUAUAAACGCCAUACACGCACUACAUCGCACCGUAAAAACAUACAACGAACAAUUACGCAAUCGUGCCGCACUAAGUAACACUGCUGCUGACGCUGAAAACGAGUCUACUGCGGAAGCUACAUUCCAAUCUCUCCCCGUGCAUUUGAAUGACCCCACAAGUGACAUUGCAUUUACUGAGGGCCACUUUGGUGAUGUAGACGGCCUCCAUGCCAACAAUGGUAAUGGAAAUUCAACGCUUCAAUUAAUCGACCUAGAUGAUAUUGAUGUGGAGCAGUUGGGACAUGAAGGCAUCAAAAUGUCCAACCCAAGUACAUUUGUGCCAAAUAAUACUAAUACGCACUACUACACGCCCACGGAUCCCGAGCUGGAUAUUGAUUACAAUACUGGCACAAUGCAGCAUGGUAGUUUUCUCGAUACAAAGAUUAUGAGCUCUUCCCCCUCGGCGAAUUACUAUCGACCCACUGAAGAGCCGGAGCCGUUGGAUUUGACGCAAUUGAAUAUAGAGGCUAGUGUUAUGUGUUUAGUUAGUAAAAUUAAGUUUCUAUGUGGGCGUUGUGGUAGUCCUGCGAUACGCUUGCGGCAACCUAAGACUAAUAUGAAACGCGCUGGAUUCACACAUUCGCCAACGCCGCCAGAUCUUGUAGCUAACCAAAGUAAGGCGGUGGAAAAUGUAGACAAUGCAUUACCAGUAGUUGUUGAGCAGACGAAUGGUAAUAGCAAUGGUCUCAAUUUGGAUUUAACGCAAGAUGUGAAAGUGCUCGAGCCAAGUUCGGCAGAAACAGAGCCAAUCGUAAGAGAUAUAGAUACCAUAGUUGCUCCCAAAAAGGGCAACAAAUUCACAGAUGGUCUCGAUUUAUCACUUACCACUGAUUGGGCUUCCGAGUUGCGCCCCUCUAUGCGUAAACUACGUCAUGCCAUGGACGGUCUGCUGAAAACUGCGCGUCUAAUGCAUUCCGUGCAGCGUUUGCAACAGGAUAUGAAGCGUAACAGCAUCAAUUUGGAAAUCAUGUACAGACGAGAUGUGUGCUUUUCACAAGCGUUGACUGCUCUUACCAGCGCACUUAUGGCAAAAUUUUGGGGUACUGAAAUUACUGAAAACUUUGUAAAGAUUCUUAAGGAUUUAGGACCAUUAGCAUAUUUUGAAGGUUUGCUCUCGCUGUACGGCAACGAAACGGAUAUGUGGGGUGAUAUGUGCAUUGCCAUUGAAGAUCUCUCGGCAGUCAAUUUUACACUAACAAGGAGUGGUACGCAAAACGAUGCACGUACACUAGUGCCUAUGCCGCGCGUCACAGGCUCAAGGCAAUCUUUAAAUGUCUUUCUGCCAGUGCCCGAACAUGUAUACGCUAUUUUGCCUAAACAGGAGACACUUACCUUCAAGUUAACUCCCGUCUUCUUUAAUAUUGGCAUCAACGAAAAGGCAACAUUGGCCGAAACUUUGGGACUAACGCGAGAACAGCAUCGCUCUAAUUGGGAUAAUUUUGUGCGUCUGAAACAGUAUUAUAGUCGUUAUCGUAAAUUACAACUAUCAACACCGGACACACCCAGCAAACAUGAACCACAUCCGCCCGCAAGUCAAGCGCUCGCCAAUAUACUGGCGUUCAUGGAGGAUCAGCUGCGUUCGAAUGUAAUGAAAAAUGUGAAAAUUUUACAUUUAGCCGAAGAUGCAUGUCGUCUAAUGUCUGGCUUACGUUUCACAUCGUGUAAAAGUGCCAAAGAUCGUACGGGCAUGUCGGUGACAUUGGAGCAGUGUCGUGUGUUGGUGCAAGAGUUCCAUUUGCCGGCCAAAAGUGUGCCAUUAGUGCUUAGCACAAUGCGUAGCGACGGCACGCGCAUGGAUAACGUUUUCAAAAAUAUCGAUAAGCGCAAAUAUGCGUUCAACGUGCCACAAUUGAUUUCGUUGCCGGCAAUGUAUCGGCCACCAACUGGUUCCUACGCCAAAGGAGAGACCUAAAAGGAUAUGGCGUUUUUUUUUAAAUAGUUGGCAAAAGGCAAAUCGGUAGAAGUUGUUGAAUUUAAGUAGUCAGAGAGAAAGUUAAAACUAUACACACAUACAUACAUACAUAUAUACAUAUAUUGGAAUCAACAUAUUGAAGUGAAGAAGUAAGAACCUUCCUUAACCUCAUAAGUUAAUUGAAUUUAGCAGACUUGGUAAAACAAAUUAAAAUUAUUGAAUAUAACCUCAAAUAAGUUUAUGAAAUGAAUUGUUGAAUUUUUGUCACACAUUUUGAGAAAAUAUGCAUAUUUAUGAACACUUAUAGAAAUAAGUUUUAAGUUUUACACACAAAGAAAAAUCAAAUGGUGCGCCGAAUAUGUAAAUUUGAUAAUCGAGAGUUAAAGUAUAAUUAUUAAAUGACUGUGUAAGUUUUAUUAAACAUUUUUUAGUUACUUCCGUUAGGUUUAUACAAUAUUUUCCAACUGACCAAAGCAAUUUUAAUGGUGUGCAAUUAUUUAAUUAAAGUAAUUUAUGAAACAUCAACGUCUAUAAUUUUAAGUGGUAUUAUUGCCUUACAUACUUACAUAUACUCGAUAGUUUUCAAUUAAAUGAAUUUAUUGGUUGUUUCUUAUUAGGUAUUUCAAUAUAUUCUAUAUACAUAUAUAUUAGGUCACUUGAAGAAUAUAAACUUAAUAUUAAUUAAAUAGCGGCUUUCAGUUUCGAAAUGGUUCCAACUGACUUAAAUUUUCUACUUCGAAUCAAAAGUCCAAGUAAGCGGCUCGACGUAUUUUUCCAACAUUGUGAAAAAAUUUUUAGCAACGUGUACUUACUAAGUCGAACGGGGCACAGAUCUUAGGUUAAGCCUUUUUUGUGCCAACUUUUUUUUGUCAAUGGAAUCUUAUAUCUUAUAACAAGAGACUCCUUUCAUGGUAUAAAUAUACCUACGUCACCGAUUUAUAAAAAAAAAAAGAAUUUAAUAAAAUAACAAUUGUGCCAAACAUUAAUUAAUGAGUACAUACAUAAUAAGUAUAAUUUUUUUUUGUCUCUAAUGCAAGUUUGGAAAUCGCAAUAAAAACAAACCUACUUUGGCAAAUGAGUUUUCCUAAAAAAAUACUAUUAAGUUUUCUAUUUGUAAAAAUAUAUUUUUUGUUAACACAUAUUUUAGAGAAAAUCGUUAGGAAGUCGUAAAGAAAUGUUGAGAUGUAUGAUAUAAAAACAACGGUUGUAUGAUGUAAGAUUGAUGCACUUAAAUUUUAUGUACUAAACAAAAAACAUUAAAAGGAAAAUUUUCAUUGUACUUAUAUUUAUAAAAUAAUCACAUAAUAAAAAUUCACUAGUUAC